UAUUUAGGGAGUGGCAUGAAAUUAGUUCUGUUCUAUGUAUUACAGUUAUGUUUGUGUAGAAAAAUACAAUUAGCACCCAAGGAACCUCAGUAACGAGAAAAGAGUUGCAAAGCCAAACAUGCAGAAUUAACUUUUCAACAUCCUGGAAAUGUCAACUGGUAGGCGUACAAUGAUAUGGACAGUAUAUCCAGACCUGUGCAGAUAUGAAAUAUUGGUAUCAAGAAAAUAAUGAAAAUAAAGACAGGUAUCUUGACUUUAUCCGUGCUAGCAGUUAUUCCAUUACUUGUUUUUGGUAACCCCAUUCGAACUUUAGCCUCAAGAUUUGAGGACUGGAGAAGUCCUUGCGCAGGACCGGAAGCAUCGCAGGUGGCACUGCCAGACUUCUUGCAGAGUAUAACACCGACGGUACAACCCCUCCCACAGAUCUUGAGGGAACUUGUAAAUCAAAUGAAAGAAACAAAAGAGAAAAUAGAAGAACUGAAACAUAACUACACUCAGGUGAGGAUACAUCAAGGUGACUGUGAGAACAAUUUAGAUGCAGCCUAUCUCCGUUUGGACGGAUUUCCAACCACGCCCUCCUUCAAAGGAGCUAUGCGCAUGUUUGAAGAAAGAAACUUGACUGAUAUCCUGCUCAAAGAUUACCAUAAAUUAUCCGUGGUUAUGAUCUUCCUCGAGCAGGUGCGUUGGGACGAGGAUGUGUAUGAAAACGACCAGUUUUUACCCAUACUGAAUAACAUUUUCCGCAGUCUGAAAUCCAUUCUCUGUGUUUUGACCAACGCCCUAACGUCCCAGAGCGCCCAGGUCACAGAAUUUGCCAACAGAACUCAUUCCAUGGGUCAGCGAUACCGAACCAUGUCAAGGGCUGAAAAUCAUGAUCGAGAUUACAUUAUCAUGAGGCAGAGUUUGAAAUUGUUUAGUAACAUGAUUUUGAAGUACGUUGCACUGAAGGACUUCUUGGAAGAUCCAAACUCGGCUUUGUAAAGCUAAGGGAUCGUUGUGUUGUGAAGUAAUUUAUAAAAUGGUACAUUUAUGAAUGGCUCAUUCUGAACUAUGUUAA